AUGGCAACUUGGCCUGAAGCAAAUCAGAAGCGUCCACACGUGCGGUAAGAGGAGUUCGAGUAUAAAAAGAUGUUGUGUUUUGCGCCAGGCCGAUGCCAACCUUCAGAUAACGAAAGUUUAAUUUAAGCUCAGUUAAGCUAAACACAAAAGGAUAAGGUGUCCUCAAAAUUGCCAGGGGCCGUUUCGAGGAUCUGGUGUAGCGAUCCUGCUUAUAAACGUGCAACAGAAGAAGUAUUCAAGCGUCUUCAGCGGUGAAGACCAUUCCCCACACUGGCAGACACCAUCCUUGCCCCCUACCCUCCCCUCACUUCACUUAUGUGGGGUCUGUCUUCACAAGUCCAAGCACCCUCUAGGCUCUUUGUUCAAUCUUGAUCCUUUAUUAAAAUAAUGGUGUCAAAAAUUAUUUUUUUGAAAUGAACUGCAGGGCUUUUUUGUUUUGUCCGUAGAAAUGCAACAUUGGAGUUAACAGUAGACGACAGAAUUAGGAGUUCCAAAAGUAAACACUCAAAUGUCAGACAUACAGCAUUCAACAAUUUAGCUCUUUCUGUGGAACAAGAUGGGCAAGCACUUAGUGAAGUAUCGUCAUUCGCAGAAUCAUUACGUAGCCAGCCUGGUGAACUACAUGUGUCUGUGGCUUCUCAUACCACUGCAGCAGGGGUAGGUUUUAUUAAAUAGUAUGAUUCUGUAUGGGAUUGUCAUGUUAAACACAAAACAGAUAUUCAUGUUAACUAUGCACUUCUAAUAACUUAGUGCAAAAUUCAAAAUAUACUGCAGGGGCACCCAAUGAUGGUUUUCUGUAAAAAUUAAUAUCUGUUCGGAGAAGCAAAUAUUGUCUAGAGGCUUCUAUAGCUUUAGGAUGGCUAAAAAUUUCUAAUUGGUCGUUCCAUUCAUGUACAAUUUUCGACGCUUACCUAUUAUUUCCUACGAUUUUCUGAAGUUUAAUUUUUCACAUCAGGUUAGGCUAUUUUUCUUACAAAAAAGAAAACCUAAAUUUUCGGAUUCAAAAAUGUGAUGGAGAGAGAAAUCAGAAAAAUUCUCACUUCCGUAAUACAUUGAAUUGCAUCUAACAUUUUCAGGAAAAUAAUACUGAAGCCCUUGUAAUUUCAAAAAGACUCAAGUUCCCCUAGGAUGACCAAACAGAUACAAAUUUUAUAGCACCGCUCAGAGAUCCAAAAGUACUCUGGCCUGGAUAGCCUAAAAAGUUUUUUUUAAUGUAUUUAGGAGGAAACUGUCAUUGGGUUCUCUAUCUUCUUUGAUAUGGGUUUGGGACAUGUCUGUAUUUUUUGUUGUUGUUGUUACUCUAUUCAGGAGCCCAUAACUCAGAGCGAGCAACUUCCUUGUGCCCAUGCAACAGCUUUUCAAGAGAUCAAUAUAUUUUUAGAUCUAGUUUCCUGCAAAUUUUGACAAUAAGUCAGCAUAAACCAGAGACAUGAAAAUAGUAUUUCUUAUGAUUUGCAAGCAUUUACUUUUUUUUGUCAUUAUCGCACUAUGGAUGCAUACACAUACAGAAUAUUGAUGAUUCCAUUUUUGCAGUAAAAAAUUAUACUCCAAAAUGAUGCUUCAUGUGAAGAUAACUUGAUCUGUGAAAACACUGCACAGGUUAACAUUUAGAGUUGCAUGUUGCGAUUUAUGGGCUCCUGGUCUAUUAUUAUUAUUAUUGAUAAAUAUUUAUUAAUUUAUUUAUACUUUUUUUUUCUUUUUUAUGGGGUAAAUGCACCACAUAGAUAAUGUCAAGGUAACCUUUGAGAAUCACUAUAUAAACAUUCUUGUCUCAGUGAGGUGGCUUGUAGAAUGUCUCUCUGUUUCUCCAGGAAAAUUCCUUCUAGGAGGAGAAUGUAAAAGUUUUUCUUUACCAUUUCUGUGUAACAAACAUUCACAAAUGGAGAACAUUGUUUUUCUUUGAACAUGUCACUGGAUAUAUUUCUUUCAUAGAAUAUUCCUUAAUAAGCCCUGUUACCCUAUAGUAUAAAGCUCAAGACUGAGGGUUGUACUUGUUAUGUAACAGAAAUUCCAUAAGGGUUCUUAUGGGGAUUUAUUUGGCAAUUAUUCUUUGGGGUACAAAAGUAACAGAAUGAAAAUACAUCAGAACACAUUACCUUGUCUCCUUGUUUUAUUGUAUUUGUUUUUUUCAGCACGAUUCCAGAAAGUUUCAGUUCUGUCAGAUUCUCACUAAAAUCCCCACACAAACUCUUAUAAUAUUUCUGUCAUGCAACAAUGAUCUCUAGGUUGGGGUACCUGUGGUGUAAAAGUCAGGGUUGUCAGAAAGUUAUGAAGUAGACGGCUGAGUUGUGAAAGUAAGCGGCCAGUCCAGGGAUAUUUUACGUAAAAAACGCCAUCUGUAAAGAAAUGUCAAGCAGAGUAGCUCGGCGAUAUUAACCAAGUAGGCAUGAUUUCGGCGGCAGCCAGCUACUUUUGACAACCCUGAGGGUAUUGCUGUUGGUUAUUUUCUCUGCAGUCUUAUUCCAUUCUCAGAAGAAGCAGUUAUGUGUCCAUUGGCUGCAUCAGCCUGUUUGUUACAUUUCUUCUCCUUAUCAGUGGAGGAAUCUUGGUCGCCACCUAUAAAAAGAAAAAUGACCAAAGAAGUAUGUACAUCUUUAAGUCUGUAUGAUUAUAAACAACUUUUUCUGUGCAUGUGUGUUGAUGAUGAUAAAUAUCUGUAUAACGAAAGCUCUUAUCUCCAUUCAUGAGCCUCUCUUUGGUUAUCUGCAGACAUUGCUUUCAUUGCCCCAUUUUCCAUCAAAUUGUAUUGAUUUUUCAACAAAGUCAAAAUAUUAUUGUUUAGCACGAUGAAGCUACUAGUGAGCUUGAGCAACAACCAUGGCAGUGAUGGAAACAGGAAAAUAGAAAAGCAAUAGGUUAAUUAGCAAAACAAAGAAAUGUGAAUGUGCCUCACACCUUUUCGUAGAUCAGUCUCAUUGCACAACUAUUAAACUUGUUAACCUUGAUCAGAAUCCUGAAUGGCAAUGCAGUCUACCCUUUAAUCUAUAAGAUUAUCAUUUCAUGAAUGGCAAUUGUUGCAUUUUUGGUGUCAUCAAAAAUAGCAUUCAGAGUCUUACUCGUCCCUUUCAAGUGAUCCCUUUUAUGGUCUAGAAGAACUUAUGCUAUCAUUUGGUAAUAAACCUGUAGCAACAGCAGAACACUUAUGAACUGUGUUCUUUUCCACAUUCGAUUUAUAAACAAUAUUGAUGUUCCUGUUAGGUACAUAAAAUUGGCAACUGUAGUGUGCAUGUUUACUGGGUUCCCGACAAAGUAAAAUGUUUCUUCCCAACAUUAAUUUUGUAUGUUUUUCAUUGUAUCCUCCAUAGCUGUGAUAAUAGCCUGUGAGUUGCUAAGGGCAGCAGGAUUGUUUGGUUUUACAGGUAUGAAAAGUGAGAUCUUUAAUUUGUUUUUUCUCAGUACUGUCAUUUCUGACAACUCUGUAUUGAGAUAUGAGGUUUAAAAACUCAAAGGAUUAAGAUGUUGAAUUAAUCAUAUUUUAGUUUAUUAGCUUCGCCAAAAAAAAACAAACAAACAGUCAAACAGAAAGAACGUUGGCAGGGACACUGCAAAAGCCGUGGCCAAUUACAGCGGGCCCGGUAUGGUCCAUAUGGUGGGUCCAUAUGGUGAAUUAAAAGGGGUUUUGUUCGCAGUUUCUCACAUGAUAGUCACUUACAUUGUAGAUAUUGCUCACAACAUUUCGGCUGUGUACUGCAUGUCUUAAUCGGGUGAUAGUGUUGAUUUACUGACUACAACUAUUUAGUACCUUUGUUUGCUAGUGAUUGGUGUAUCAUGAACCCCACUUGGGGGGUGGGUUUUGACACUAUCGGCUGAUUAAGACCUACAGUGUGAGGUUGAAAUGUCACUUUCAAGAGAAUUGAUAAACAAAACCUUUUAUAGACAUAUCCCCAUGAAAAAAUUCAUAAUAUGGCAUUUGUUUAAUUUUUUAUAUUUUUCUUUAUUUUUAUCAUUAACCUAGCUGUAAAAGUAGAAAAAAUUUUUUUCUGCCAGUGCCACUAAUUUAAAAGACAUAGUGUUAAAAGGAAAUAGUACUUUCAAGUACUAAUGUCUUGCCUUUUUUUAGCUGGAGUAACAAACUGGUUAGGAAUUAAGCUGAUCUUCAACAGAAUUCCUGGAGUGUUUUUCAGGUAUGAUAAGACAAUCUAUGUGGCAGAUUUUGCUGAAACGAAAGAAAGUGGGAGACUUUCAUUUUUUCUAUUUUUUUUUUCAUCUAUUUGUAGUACAGCUCAUGGCUGUCAUGAUCCUCUAAGAAAAAAAUCAUUACUUUAGACAGCCAAAAAUCUCUGAACCUGUUAAAAAUGUGACUUGCUCAGCUUCAACUUUAACAUUUCAUGAUUGCCCAAUGGGAACUGUGAAUGAAAGCGAGGCCAGCGGACAGUUCUAUAGCUUCUUACAUGUUGUUACGCCACAAGCAGAGGCCCUUUGCAGAUCUUCAUAGAUGAGUCUGGAAGAGGAAUGGGGGUCCCUUCCUGUCCUGACUUAUUUAGGACAAUUGAAGGGCCGCUGCUCACAGGGUAACGUAUAAUAGACCUAAAUUUUCUUGUUAGUCACAAGGUUCACACACACCUUAAAAUUCCUUGAAUUUUAAAAUAAAAAUUUGUGGCCUUGAAAGUCCUUGAAAAUUGCAGUCGCUGCUGGAAGGUCCUUGAAUUUCAAUGCUAACUUUAUAGUGUAUGUAGAACUCCAAAGAGAAAGGAACAAACACAGAAAGACCUUCAGGAUAAAAUUGCUCAUGUUGUGGAAGAACUAAAAAGGAUGUAGACUCGAGGCUCUUUUUUGCACUGAAUGGAGUCCUUGAAAAAUUGGAAAUGUGUCCUUGAAAGUCCUUGAAAAGGCCUUGAAUUUUUUGCUCAAAAAGAGUACAAACCCUGUAGUUAAUAAAACUGAGCUUAGAGUUAUGACUUGACAUAAGUUAAAGACAAUUAAAAGUUUUAUGUUGCUUUUUGGCUUCAUUAGUAGUUAGCAGUGCUACAAAGUAAUAUUAUGUUAUCAAGUACUGAGUUCUGAAGAUCGUUAAUUUUUAAACCUGAUUUAGGAAGAUUAUUAAAACAAUGAUUUUAUAAGUUACGUUUAUUUUUGUAGAAUUACUUAUUGUAUCCUGAUGUCUCUUUGACAGUGGUGCUAUCACCAAGCACUUUACAGUUGCGAAGAAACUGAUGGCCAAUUUUGUUUUGGAUGGAUUUUUCAAUCCAUUACAAGUGAAGAGAUAUCUAUAUGAUAAGAUUCAAAACCAUUUAACUGCAGAGCACAUUGGUAUGUGUUAUCCAAGUUGAGAUUAUUAUUGUUGAGUACACUGUAUUGAUUCAAUUAAGCACCCACCAUAUAGGUAAGAAAAGGCAAUAAGAGCUAAGCUUCAAGUAAGCACCCAGCCGCAACCCCCUCCCCAAAAUUGACCUUACUAACAAUGAGAUGGAAAUUGACUAAAAUUUAAUACAGUCGAGCACUGCUUUAUGGACACCCGCUUAAUAUGGACUCGUUGUCAUUAUGGAAGUUGCUUUGUCCAUGGAGAAAUAAAGCCUUUACAUUUUCUCUAAAUUCAACCCGCUUAAUAUUUACACCUCAUUAGUACAGACACUUAGGGAGUCAUAGUAAGUGUCCGUAUUAACAGAGCUUGACUGUACUACUGGAGACUUCCCUGAAGACAGAGUUUUCUUAGUAUUUUAAAGACACUUUCAAUGAUUAGUUAAAAUGAUGAGUUUUUUGUCAAUAGCGUAACCUUUUACAAUUAUUGACUUAGCAGCCACUGCCCAGAGUUUGGGGACGUUCAUCAGUGAUAUCCUGAAAACCUUAUGUUUUAUGAAAAUUCAGCAACAUGGAUAGAAUGUCAUAGAAAGAGAAAAGUGAAUGGGGAGAAAUCAAACAGAAAAUCAAACGUUAUGCGUGAAGCUAUAAUACAACAAAAUAUUUACCUACUUGCACUAGAAACAUAAGAAGAUCGACAAGCCGUAAACAAAGUUUAGGAUAGGUUUUCGUUGAUUAUGGCUUUUUCCUAAAUGUUAGCUUUUUGUUUGUUUGUUUUUUGGAAGAUCUGCCGUAGGUGAUGAAUUAGUUGAGUAGAGACUUUUUUAUUAACACCUGAUGGUUUUUCUAACAGAUAAUCAGCUGGAUGAACUUCUUAAUUCUUCAGGCGUAGAAUCCAUCAUAGAUGAGCAGUUAGAAGCGUUUAUGGGCUCAGCUGAAGGUUUUUUAUUGCUAUAUUCAUUUCUCCCUUUUUUUAUUCCCUUCCUGAGUUCAGUUAGUUAAAAUGUGGAAAGGCACAUGAAUAUUAUACCUAGAGCUUUGACUUAAGUGGUGGCAUUUUUUCGGCGGUUGUCUCAUCAGGGGCACCCAACGAGAAUAUAGUUCAAAACCACUUAAACAUAGCAUUGUUAAACGUAUUUUAGUAUUAAAACGGUAGAUAUAGGCAAAUUUUUAUCCCCUAAAAAUUUUUCAUCUGUUCGGAUUUCCUAGCUGAAAGGCUAGUGAUUCGAAAAUUAUAGGGAUCAAAACUUACCUAUUCGAAAAUUUCAGCCAGAAAAAAGGCUCCCGAAAAUUGGAGGUGACCAUUUUAGGGUAAAAAUCCGUUAAAAAUGGGCAAUUAUACCAUUUUUUAGAUGUUCGAAAAUCCCAGGAGAGGCAGACAAGCAAGAAAUUUUGGAAAAAAUGCUCCGAAAAUUUUAGAUCUCAAAUCGUCUUCCGAACAGAUAUUUUCCGAAAAUUGUCGUUGGGUGCCCCUGUCUCAUGAAUCGCUGUUGGCUUAUUAGGCAUUUUGCUGCCUCAACAGCAACAAAACACUCCUAGUCCUCUCUAGCUAAGCCGUAGAUAACCAGCUGUUUACUUUCCAAAGCCAAGUUCAUAGCAUUUAGAAUUAAAGAUGGAACUUAGUAUAGUUUAACAAAAACAUCAAAAAAGUCCAAGUUGUACAAACACUGAAAAUUCAUGACACAAAGGCUGAGAACAGUAAAUGAAACACAGAACGAGGAAGUAGAGUUUGGGAAGAGGCAAAGAUUAAAGAAUGGAUGGGAUGUUUUGUGUUUAUGCUCCACCUCAACAACAACUUGUAAAGUUGGCAGGAUUAGCUCAGUCAGUAGAGCGCUUGACUGCAGAGCGGGAGAUCGCGGGUUCGAUUCCUGGGGUUGGACCAAUACUCAGGGUCUUAAACUAACUGAGAAAUGAAGGUAAUGCCUUUGCCCUGCAAAUGGCUAGACCUUCACGUGGCUCGGAUGACCACGUAAAAUGACGUUCCCAUCUCCAGUAGGAGACGUCUUAAAAUAUAGUGUCCCCAAUUAGCACUUUCGUGCUAAAUACGUUGACGCUCAAAUAAAGUCAGGAGAGGAUAAAGGAGACAGAGAAGGCAUCCCCCGUACACACCCUAUUCCAUAGGUAAUUCGUUUCGAGUUAUUUUUAGAAUCGGGAUAAAGUUACCUCGCGCGCUGCGUGGAUGUUUCGUGGAGGUUUCGCAUGACUGAACGCCGUGCAAAACAUGUCGGGCGAAAGGCAAUGAAAGCGUAAAGAGAUCGAGAGCAUUCCUGAAUAUUGACGCGAAAUGAGUCGGCGCUCACCUAGGAAAAGGGAAUCGCAAGACUCUUUGACAACCCGUGAAAUCAGUUUAACUUGAAGUUUUCGUAACCUCAGUACUUUAGUAAAAUGAGAAAUUUCGCCGGUCUAUUGAAACCGGUCGUUUGUACAAUAAAGCAAGUAGGACGCCAAGAGUUAUUUUUGUUGAAUAAUAAAAGACUAAUAAAAGAAUAAAUAUCAAACCAGAAAUUGCUCUCUUCAAACUGUAAAUUAUGAAUGAUCCUGAGAGAAUAUUCAGUGUGUUAAGGAUUUCCCUGCUGUACUGUUAGCUCUAUGCAAGAGAGGAAGGGCGAUUCUUUUUUAAUUUCCGUUUCGCUGACACAGCUUUAGCAGAAAUCUCUCUGUAGUCGUUUUCGUCGACAAAACGAAUAGCAAAUAUCGCUCUCCGCGUCUUCCGCCAUUUUGUUCUGCGUCAAUUUGUAAAGGACGCGUGGCUCUGAGCGUGGGUCAUCCACGCGGAACACAUUCGCGCUAUGUGAUUGGCUGUUGUCUAAUCCCCCUUGGGAAAUAACUCGAGACGAAUUACCUAUGGAAUAGGGUGUGUAUGGGGGAUGCCUUCUCUGUCCCCUUUAUCCUCUCUUGAUAAAGUGCAUUUUUUAUUUUUUAUUUUUUUUAUUUUUUUGGUAAGCAGAGGUAUAUAAGUGCUUGUAUAAUUGAACACGGUAUAUCUAGGUAGGUUUUGAUGUACAAAGUAGUCGCCAGAAAUAGAGCCAUUUGACUAGAAUUAAAGGUAAAAAUCUAUUUUUUCAGUUUCAGGUCGAGAAGCUGUACGCGCGGCUUUACACAGGCUAAAAGCCGUUAAAAUCUUAAAACUGUUUGAAGCAGAGGAAAAAAUGAAUAAAAUACAGUAAAAUGACAGAGAAAAGGAAAGAAAGGGGAAAACACAAUGAGCACAGUUGUGGUGCCUGAGCAGAAUUAGCAGAAUUUUUUGGGCAGCAAAAGGGCAGCAAAAUUUAAUAAAUGCGUCAUGAAUAAAAUGCGCAGGAAACUUGUCAAACGUUUUCAAAAUUCCAGCUACAGUGAGGGACAAAAGUGUUGAGACACCCUUUUUGCAUAGUAGACAUACCUAUCCCCUUCCCCUGUCUACCCCAACCCCUUCCCCCUCCCCUUCAAAUCAAUGUUGUAUUUUGGACCCUCAAGUCUUUCUUUUACUUCAGACAACUGUCAUUGAUUCGGGGGGUGAGGGGAUUUACGGCGUUUGAAAGGAAUUAAAUAGUAAAUGAAUUAAAUGUUUGAUAAAAGCACCCGUUUUAAACAAGUGUGUCAACUACUUUUGUUUGUGAUUCUAGUUAUAUAAGAGUAGAAAGUUUUGUUUUGGCACUGUUUUUUUUUGUUGUUGUUGUUUUUGUUGUUUUUUUUGUUUUGUUUUUGUUUUUUCAUGCUUUGUUUUACCAACUGCAUAAGUUGCGUCCCAACUGCGAUAAUCUUUGCAUUUAUUUUGACAUUGCUUCUAAUUAUAGGCCUUAGACUACGUAUGAUCGGGAUCAGCAAAGCUAAGCUAAAGCCGAUAGUGAAACCACAUCUUAUGAGUAUGAAGACAACUAUUGUACCUUUGGUAAGACACAACUUUUUAUAAAAAAAAUUCAGUACAAGCUAUUACAGUUGCUCUUUCAUUACAAAACAACUUGCAGCCCAAACUAUUUCACUUAUAUUUUUGUGUAUACCGGUGUUUGUGUUUCAGUUACUGUCUUCUAUAGAGUCGAUGGAAUUAUUGAAUGCUGAACAUCUAAGAGAACAAGUACGUGUCUUAUAAUCACAUCUUAACGUCGCUUUACUGCAACAACGUAUCGUUUACAUUUCUGUAAACUCCUCAAAAGUGUGAUACGUUGGUCUUUUGUUGAAUGCCCAGACUUCCAAAGGAUAUUAAUAAUGACUGCUGUGUGUCGAAAUAUUCACAGUAAUUUUCAAGGAGUUAUAGUAACUCCUCUAGUGGAGCUAACUCCUUACAGUGGAGUUAUUUUUUGGGGAGUUAUUUUAACUCCAAAAAGGAGUUUAAAGAACUCUUUUUCAGGAGUAAAAGUGACCCCAGAUAUUGAGGAGUUAAAAUAACCCCAAAAAAGGAGUUGUCCUGUACCUAAAAUUUUUACUCCACUUUCAGAGUUGAAUUAACUCCAAAAAGAGUAAAAACAACCCAUGUAAGGAAUAAAAGUAACCCCAUUUCGGAGUUUUUUUUUACUCCAGACUGGGAGUUAAAAUAACCUCAAAAAAGCGGUUAUCCUGUAACUAAAAUUUGUACUCCAUUUUUGGAGUUAUAAUAACUCCCUAAGAAUUACGGUGUUGUUUUGAGUCAAAGUACUUUAGGAAACUUAAAAUCUACAUAAAUUAGAAAAGCACUGCAGUUGCAAUAAAAUGAUCUCAGAUGAUCUCGACACCACAAUUUAAAGACUCAGAUAAAAACAUACUCCAACCACUCCCGUGGUUUGGGCGGGAAAGGAUAAAAAUAAAAGCCCGUGUGUUAGAAGCUAUUUAUAAGAGUAAAUGCAGUUGUGGAAUACCAGCUAAUAAAAUGCAGGACUAACAGCCCCACGUUACUACUCUCCUUGUAAAUUUUUUUUAGUACAACUGUUGGUUGUUUUUGCUCAGUAUUUGUUAAAGUGCUGGUAUUUUUCUUCCAACUGCUAGAUUGUAGACCUGAUAUUAACAAGGACCCAAGAGCUGUCGGCAGAGCAGCUUAAAUUUGUAAGUAAACAGUCUCCACUGAUGUUAACUGACCAGGAUUUUCUUUAAGGGAGCCUCGUUUAAAAUAUCUUUGAUAAUUUGGUGGUGUAAUCAAGUAACGAACUCAUUGAAGAGUCUAGCUAUGAUCUGAACACUUGAGCCCAUUUUAUGAAUGGUGGAUCGAAAACGGUACAAUAAAACCUAAAUUUAAAUACGGUCAAUUUAAGUGCCUCCUCAUUCAUUGACUUCCCCACAAGUGGGCAAUUUUGGGCGAUGAAGUUGCGAAAACGUGCGACGAAAGUCCCAAAUGUUUGAGUGAGAAGUCGCCCAAAAAAGCGACGAAAUUUGCGCGAAAACAAGCAUGUCUGACGGAUGGCCCCACCAAAACGGAAUUCUAGAAAGUCUACGUCAUUUGCAACACUCAUGUUGACUAUCCAUACAUUUGUAUGUGGUUUGUUAUUUCCACUGCACGUGACUCUUGCCACGUGGUUUUCUUCCACGUGACUCUCCUUAUUUUGUCCAGCUCAUCAGGACGUGGUUCCCUUUUGAUUUGAUUAAGACUCUUUCAAAAUCACGUGACUUUCCUUAUUUGUUCAGGUGCUGAAAGCCGCAGUAUACAGCCAUUUGAGUUGGAUUGUUUUCUGGGGAAGCGUGUUAGGAGCUAUUGUCGGCUGCCUCGCAGAACUCGCCUCUGUGUAUGUCAAAGGCACGUGACUUGUGGAAUAAAGAAACGUUAUUCAUCUUGAAUCAGGUUCUGUGCCUCUAAGAGAUAUAUGGAACGAGCGUUACUGGAAACGCCUCUAUUUUCACUGGCUAAUAGACCUGGAGAUCUCUGUACAGAAACGAAAUGCCUUUUUUAAUUGCAAUGAGAAACUGGCUUGAAAAACUGCAGAGGGUUUGUUGUAACUGGACAUUGCAAGUCCCUGUGUGAAUUCAAAACAAACGUUGAGUGAUCGCUUAGUGAGAAAGUGUACAAGAUGACUGAAGCAAAGGAAAUCAAGAGCAAAGUUAAAAGUGAACGUUGGGGCACACGAAGACAUAAUAAUUGAUCAUUGUUCUUGUGACCAACUGUCCACUCGUGUCAGUUCAUUAUUCUGUAAAAUUAAUCUCAGGCAUGAUCUUAAACAGCAACUUAAGGUGAUGCUCAAAUCAACUUCUUAGAUUUUGUCGAUCUUCACGCUACACUUACGCAACGACCCAUUAAAGAUGUCAAAUUGGUGCCACGGAAACUGUGAAGCUAUAGUGCAUUCGAGGUGUCUCAAACAUAAAAGAAAAAUCAGCUCUUCAAGGAUUUGCUAAUAAAUACAUUAUCGAGG